AUGAAGGAGACGAUGGACCAGAUGCCGACGGUGAAGCCAUUUCCGAUGGAGCGUGAGGAGCGUGUCACCAAGAGGCCGAGGGAGGCUCGCGUCGCCGGGGGCUCCACCAGCGUCAGCGGCCGCUGGCCCUGGAUGGCCGUGAUCGGGAAGGCCAACGGCUCAGAUAUCACCUGGCUCUGCGGCGGCAGCAUAAUCGAUGAGUACCACGUCAUCACAGCGGCGCACUGCGUGCAAGGCAGGCCGAAUGUGGUCCACUUCGGCGACUCCAACAUCGCGGCCGACUUCAACAGCGGCGACCAGUCGGAGCGGCGGCGCAUCGCCAAGAUCACGCUGCACCCGAGGUACCGGCCGCCGCGCGCCUACCACGACCUGGCCGUGGUGACGCUUCGCCGGGCGGUGCAGUUCUCGCGCCGGGUGAGGCCCAUCUGCCUGCCGCCGGCCGACCUGCGGCUCCGGCGCGGGCAGACGGCCAAGAUCACCGGCCACGGCUACAUGGAAUUCAACGGCGGCGAGCUGACGCCGCAGCUGCAGGAGGCGCAGAUCAAGCUGGUUCGCCGCAAGGUCUGCAACGCCUCGUACGCCCGGCUAGGCGAUGCGUUCUUCGACAAGUUCCCGAACGGCAUCCUCAGCCACGUGAUCUGCGCCGGCCAGGAGAAGGGUGGCGUCGACGCCUGCCAGGGCGACUCGGGCGGACCCCUGAUGCAGCACGACGACGUCAGCAACACCUACUACCAGAUCGGCGUCAUCGGCAGCGGCUUCGGCUGCGGCAACCCCGAGUUCCCAGGCCUCUACACCAGUAUCAAGCACCACCUCAACUUCAUCCGGGCCGUGACCAGGAGUCGAAGCAGCCGACUGUCUGACCUCACGGAGGCGAUCGUGCCGCGCCGGUAACGCGUCGCUGGCCGGGACGCCAAGCUCGCCGGUCCGCCUGCCGCGGCAGAGAUCCGACCGGGCCACGGAUCCAUGCGGCAGAGAUCCGACCGAGCCACGGACCCGUGCGGCAGAGAUCCGACCGAGCCACGGAUCCGUGCGGCAGAAAUCACUGUGACGGGCCACCAGCUGAACCGAGCCGUCGCGGCCAGCGCAGCCAGCAGUGAUCAGCUUGCCACGCUGACGCUGCGAACCGCCGAACAGUGCGGCCAGCUCAUGCGCGGCGGCCGUGUGCUCCCAGCUCUCACGAGCUGUCACGCUUGGCGGUGGGUCUGUUGAACGCUCGGCUCGAGCGGAGGCAGUGACAGCGGGACACGUGAGGCCACCGACGUCUGCAGGACAGUUAGAAACAGGUCUGCACUGUCGACCUGGAAUGUUUCUAGUGCAGGCAAGCCAUCGCGAUCUGUAAAGUUGCUUUGCUUGUGGUUUGUCAUGUAAUUUGCCAAGUCCUCGGAUCCCCGCAAUGCGUGUUCUUGGGACGCAUCAUAUCCAAAGCCAAACUGUCGAUCUCCUGAGCUGAGCUGUUACGCGAGAUGAAUCCUGCCCCAGCCAAACGGCCUUACGCAAGCCACCGAUCUCUGCAGUGUGAGAUGAAGAGAAGACUACGUGUUCAACCCAGCCAUCCCUACCACCGAGUGCCUGUUGGGACGAGCCUCGCGCUAAGACAUGCGUCAGAUCUGCUUUUGUUUGUGUUAGAUGAAUG